UAGUAUCUACAAUAACUCAUUGUGAACAAUCAUAUAUGAGAGUAAUGGGGUCUAUCUCUUGGGUUGGGAUUCUUCUUUUGAGCCUAGCUCUGCUAAGCUCAUGCCUCGCGGUAGAGGUUAGUUAUGAUGCAAAUGCUCUUAUUAUUAAUGGAGAAAGACGCAUUAUCUUUUCUGGUGCAGUCCAUUAUCCACGAAGCACAGUGGAAAUGUGGCCAGACAUUAUGCAAAAGGCUAAGGAUGGAGGUCUUGACGCCAUUGAAACUUAUAUCUUUUGGGAUCGCCAUGAACCUGUUCGCCGCGAGUAUAAUUUCACCGGAAAUUUGGAUUUUGUCAAAUUUUUCAAGUUAAUGCAAGAGGCUGGGUUGUACGGCAUUCUAAGGAUUGGUCCUUAUGUUUGUGCGGAAUGGAACUAUGGAGGCUUUCCACUUUGGCUGCACAACAUGCCGGGGAUUGAUUUGAGAACCGAUAACCCGGUUUACAAGAAUGAAAUGCAAAUUUUCACAACAAAGAUCGUGAACAUGGCCAAAGAAGCAAAUUUGUUUGCAUCACAAGGAGGACCAAUUAUUCUAGCUCAAAUUGAGAAUGAAUAUGGAGACAUCAUGUGGGGUUACGGAGCUGCAGGGGAGUCAUAUCUCAAAUGGUGUGCACAAAUGGCUCUAGCACAAAACAUUGGUGUUCCAUGGAUCAUGUGUCAGCAGAACAAUGCUCCUGCGCCUAUGAUCAACACUUGCAAUGGAUAUUAUUGUGAUUGGUUUAAGCCAAAUAGCCCUACAAGUCCUAAAAUGUUCACUGAAAAUUGGAUUGGGUGGUUCCAAAAAUGGGGUGAAAGGGUUCCCCAUAGAAGCGCUGAAGAUUCAGCAUUGUCCGUUGCACGUUUCAUCCAAACCGGUGGGGUGUUAAAUAAUUACUACAUGUACCAUGGAGGAACCAACUUUGGCCGCACGGCAGGAGGCCCAUACAUAACAACGUCUUAUAGCUACGAUGCACCAAUUGAUGAGUAUGGAAAUUUGAAUCAACCCAAAUGGGGACACCUUAAGCAGCUUCAUGCAGCAAUAAAAUUAGGGGAAAAGAUUCUCACUAACGGAACAAGGACAGACACUGAUUUUGGCAACAGCGUCACACUAACAACAUACACGGAUGCCACAGGAGCAAGGUUUUGUUUCAUUAGCAAUAUGGACGAAGGCAAAGACGCAAACAUUGACUUGAAAAAUGAUGGCCAUUACUUUGUCCCUGCUUGGUCUGUGACCAUUCUCGAUGGUUGCAACAAAGAAGUUUUCAACACUGCAAGAGUUAACAGCCAAACCUCAGUAAUGGUGAAGAGGAGUGAUGAUGCUUCCGCAAAGCUCACUUGGGCAUGGAUAGUGGAGAAAAAGAAAGAUACCCUAAAUGGAAGGGGAAGUGUAAAAGCACACUCACUUCUCGAGCAGAAAGAACUAACAAUGGACGCCAGUGACUACUUAUGGUACAUGACUAGUGUUGAUAUCAACGACACCUCCGUAUGGAGCAAUGCCACUCUUCAAGUGAACACUGAGGGUCACACCCUUCAUGCUUUUGUUAAUAAGAGGUAUGCAGGAUACCAACAUAGCCAAUGGGGAAAUAACUUCACCUAUGAGAAAGAAGUUUCUUUGAAGAACGGAACAAACAUCAUAACUUUACUUAGUGCCACCGUUGGGCUUCCAAAUUAUGGCAUAGGAUUCCAUAAGAUCAAGACUGGCAUAGCAGGUGGUCCUGUUAAGUUAAUCGGAAGCAACAAUGUGGAAAUAGAUUUGUCAGCCAACCAGUGGUCUUACAAGGUCGGUUUGAAUGGCGAGAGAAAACGUAUUUAUGAUCUGCACCCACACGCCGGUGUAUCAUGGAGGACUAAUGGAUCUUACCCUGUUGGAAAACCCUUGACUUGGUAUAAGGCAGAAUUCAAAGCUCCUUCUGGAUCAAACCCUGUGGUGGUGGACUUGCAAGGCUUGGGCAAAGGACAUGCUUGGGUGAACGGACACAGCAUUGGCCGUUAUUGGCCUUCAUGGCUUAUCGGCACCAAUGGAUGCAGUGACUGGUGCGACUACCGCGGACGCUAUAAGAAGGAAAAGUGCAACACCGGUUGUGGUGAACCAUCACAAAGGUGGUACCAUGUGCCAAGAUCAUUCUUGAACAAUGACAAGAACACAUUGAUUCUGUUUGAAGAAGUAGGUGGAAAUCCUCAAAAUGUUUCCUUCCAAACAGUGACAGCAGGAACCAUUUGUGCCAAUGUAUAUGAAGGCCAAACAUUAGAACUAGCAUGCCAAGGUGGACAAGUAAUCUCACAAAUCCAAUUCGCUAGCUUUGGCAACCCACAAGGGCAGUGUGGUUCGUUCAAGAAAGGAAAUUGGGAAGCUACCAAUAGCCAAUCUGUGGUUGAAGCAAAUUGUCUUGGAAAGAAAAGUUGUGGGUUUACAGUGAACAAAGAAGCAUUUGGUGUUACAAUGAGUCCAAUGCAAGUAAAUAAUGGUGUUGCCACCUUAGCUGUGCAAGCAGCGUGUUAAGUCAAUGUUUUCUCCAAUCAAAGUGGAAAUGAAAUUUUUUAAAUUUUAACAUGAAUAUUUUUCCUUAUGUGUUUUGUAUAUCUACUGAUUUCAAAGGGAGAUUUUUGUAUGACAUGUGUAUCAUGGGAGAAUUGUGUUUUAUUUCUAUUAAAACAACUAAUUA